AUGGAUCUGAAUCUGAUGGCCAUAUUCCAUUUUUCUCCUCUGUACAUCACCCUCAUUUUGUUUACAAUUUGCAAAGGCAUAUCGGGAGCUACAUUUACAAUCAUAAACAAGUGCGACUACACUGUAUGGCCCGGAAUUCUAUCCAAUGCCGGCAGUAGCAGAUUAGACAGCACCGGCCUCCAACUCCAACCCGGCGCCUCCCGUUCAUUUCAAUCCCCACCCAACUGGUCAGGCCGAUUCUGGGCUCGAACCGGUUGCAACUUCGACCCCACCACCGGUCAGGGCACCUGCACCACCGGCGACUGUGGUUCCAACCAAGUCGAGUGCAAUGGCGCCGGCGCUAACCCACCAGCCACUCUCGCCGAGUUCACGAUCGGCGGCUCCGACAACCAGGAUUUCUACGACGUCAGCUUAGUGGACGGCUACAACUUACCCAUGAUGGUGGAGCCGAGCGGCGGGUCGGGUAGUUGUUUGUCGACCGGGUGCGCAACCGACUUGAACCAGCGGUGCCCGGCUGAGUUACGGGUCGGGGACGGCGCGGCGUGUAAGAGUGCGUGUGAGGCUUUUGGGAGCCCGGAGUAUUGUUGCAACGGCGCGUUUGGUACCCCCGACACUUGUAAGCCGUCGGUUUAUUCGGAGAUGUUUAAAUCCGCGUGUCCUAGAUCGUAUAGCUACGCGUAUGACGAUGCCAGCAGUACAUUUACUUGUACUGGAGCUGAUUACGCCAUAACAUUCUGCCCUUCCACAACAAGUCAAAAAUCUGCCAGUACGUCUCCAACAACAGGUAAUGGGUCGGGGCAGACAACAACCACAACAAAUAACGGGUCUGGAGGUGGGAGUGGGACGACAGGGGAGGUCCCUGCGGUGGUGCAGGGAAACAGUAACAGUCCUCCUCCAUGGACUGGAGACUCAACGAAGACCCUUUCUUCUUCUGCUCUUUACACUUCAUUGGUUGCUUCCUCUGCCACUUUAUUUCUCUUUCUUUCUCUAUCGUUGCUUCAUUCUUAG